UUUAAUUUAUUUUCAAAAAUGUAGUAUAGGCCGACUGUGGGGAAAUACCUAGCGCGUCAUUAAAGAAAUACUGUCAGUAUAUGUUUACUACAAUAACCUUGGAGCACAGUCUAAUAUAUUGAGGUAUUUGGAACUGGCGAAACCUUCUAUAGGGGAUUUUCAUCGCAUUAGAAAGUAUGAGUUACAGAACAUUGCGCUUGGUUUCCGGACAGGAACUAAAAAAUCUUAAGGGCACGGGCAAUGUAAGGCCGAAAGAAACAAAAUACGAGACAUGGAAGCAACUCUAUAUAGGAGAAAGUGGAUGUGAAUGGCCCAGCAAGUGUCGCAUCAAAGAUUGUACCGAACCAGCGGAUGGAGGGGGUCAUGUAACAGUAAACGUCGAAGGGAAAGGCGAGUAUGUGUAUAUUGUACCCAUGUGUGACAGAAAACACAACAAUGCUCACGUGGAGGAUUGGUUACUAGCAGAGAAAGAUACCAUUGCCUUGCGCAUCCUUGAAACUAGAAUUCCGAUGGAGAGUGAGACAACUGCCUCUGUUGAAGGAAACACCUCUUGGCAUUUCAGGGAUUUAUGCGUGAUUAUCUGAGAAACGUUGCAUCUAAAAUUAUGACUUUUUCGUCGUAAUUUUAGACGCAAAGAUACUGACAGAAACCUAUGACUGCACCAUAGAGGGAAUUAAAUUUAUCAAAUUCCAGUUAGUUCAAACAAAAUAUAUUGCCCGUAAAUCAUUCAAAGAUAAACUCUUGUUUGUUCAUGCAAACUUUUGCUCAAAGAAGUUAUAAAUUGUCGUAUGCAUAAUCUGCAGCAAAAUAAUCUGCAAGGCAUAUAUAUAUCAUAUAUGUAUGUAUAUAUGGGACCUGGAAAGCAGCUCUUACUCUAUAUUUUCAUGCGUCAGUGUUGUUUUCUUAGUUGCCACACGCGAUAGUCUGAUCUGUGUUUGUAUUUACUGAUAUCUUUGUUCGAUGUGUUAGACGUGUGUUGGGAAAAAUAUUAGUAUCAGAACUUGUUUGCUUUUCUAAUUAUGGACAUAUGACGUAAACUGUUUUCUUAAAUGACAGUCGAAAAUUUAGUAUGACGUCACUGUGUUCCAGUCACCGCGCGACUUUCCAAGAAUCAGUUAAAGUAUUAUCGUGUAGUUGGUCUGUCAUUAUAGCGUGCUUUCAUCACUUCAGAGCAUUCUAACGGCUCAAGUCACUUUUGAUAGCACCGGAAACGUAUUGGAAAAGUUUACACGCAAGAUGAGCAACCAGUUUGUGAUGCUGGAAAGUGAUGAUGAAGUGAGAAAUAUCCCAGGAACUGGUGAUAUGAAGCCAAGCAAUGCUUCCUCGUGGAAAGAAUAUUACGAAGAGACAUGUGAUUGGCCUGAAACCUGUAGGAUAAGAAAUUGUACAAAUUUUGCAGAACAUGGAGCCCAUGUAGAAAUUGAAGGGAUAUGGGAGAAAAUGUUUAUUGUACCAAUGUGUCCCAUGCAUAACCAUCCCACAGAAACAGAAUGGCAACAUGUUGAAGAGGAUACACUGGCUGUAUUGAUUGAGGAGGGUAGUGAGCCAAGUGAGAAAUCGUCGAAUGAGUCAUUGUCAAAUGAGCCAUUUUUAGAGUAUGCACUGGCCGCAUUGUUUGAGCAGGGUGGUGGGCCAAGUGAGAAAUCGUCGAAUGAGUCAUCUUCGAAUCAGUCAUUGUCAAAUGAGCCAUUUUCAAAUGAGCCAUUUUCAAAUGAGCCAUUUUCAAAUGAGCCAUUGUCAAAUGAGCCAUCAUCAGAUGAGUCAUUGUCAAAUGAGCCAUUUUCAAAUGAGCCAUUUUCAAAUGAGCCAUUUUCAAAUGAGCCAUUUUCAAAUGAGCCAUCAUCAGAUGAGUCAUUGUCAAAUGAGCCAUUUUCAAAUGCGCCAUUUUCAAAUGCGCCAUUUUCAAAUGAGCCAUUUUCAAAUGCGCCAUUUUCAAAUGAGUCAUUGUCAAAUGAGCCAUCAUCAGAUGAGUCAUUGUCAAAUGAGCCAUCAUCAGAUGAGUCAUUGUCAAAUGAGCCAUCAUCAGAUGAGUCAUUGUCAAAUGAGUCAUUGUCAAAUGAGUCAUCAUCAAGUGAUGAAUAUAAUUAGGGUUUUUUCAACAAAGACUGUAAAGAGAUGAACAUUCAUUCAUCGUGUUAGUUAAAAAGGUUAAUUUAAAAAUAACACAUUCUUAGUAUUUUAAUAAUACAAUGUUUAAUGCUUAAUAGUUAUUCUUCUUCUUGUGUCGAGAGUUGC